GGAAGAACGUCGGGAUAGUGCAGCAGGACGAACGGCGUCUGCUCCCCUGGGCCUAACCACCGCGGGCCUGAUCGCCGGUGUGGCGACCGGUGGAGAAUUGGGCUCCGUGUUCGCCAUGGCGCUUGCCGAAGAGAAUAAUCAGGGGGAAAGGAACACUGGAGAUAGGUCUGGUGCGACAACAACUGAAGGCACGCGGCCAGGAAACAGCCUUAAUGCUGCGCAGGGAGGGACUGGAGGAGCUGCGACCACUUCAUCAGCGUCGACGUCUGCAGCUUUUAGAAGUCGAACUACGCGUUCGCACCGCGUAUUCGCUGAGGACCCGCUCUUGAUGUCUCAGGCAGAAGUGGUGCGACAGCAAACAGACACGAUCUUCAGCACAAACACCGGAAUACAGGAUGAAGCAAGCACACGACGUCGACACGCGGGACGAGCUACAAACGAUGCAAGUGAACCACCGCCUACUGGUACUGCCACGUCAGACACUAGUAGUACACGGCGGGACGAGCAAGAUCUCGCACUGGAGCAACAGACAGCCUCCUCAUCGUCCAACGCUAGGCAGUACUACUCGGCUCCGGCGAUCAUGACAAAGCACGAGUCUACUUCGGUACUGCCUCAACGUCAACAAAGAGGUGUUGCGGAUCAGGAUCUUCAUGGAAGUUACAAUCGGGAAAAUGAUGCUGGGUCAUUGGAUCUGCACGGGCAGGAGCAGACAACGCUUCGUGAACAAUUUCUCGCAGGCCCACAAAGUAGUCAUGAGCGUCCACGCACGGAGAGUGGCGAUUCUACCACGAGUAGCAGUAGUUGCCCCAGCUGGCAGUGGAAAGACCGAGUUCUACUUGGGUCCGACGCAGAACACGAUUCUCCGCCGCGCCCCCAAGAUCUCCUGGCCGCGGCUUCUGCAUUUGGUCAACAAAGGCGAGGUCACGAGCAAGCGAUUCUGCACUAUUACUACCUGCUGUCUACGCGAGAAGAAGCGAGGCAGAUGCACGGUGCGACGAACAGUGUUUGUAGUGCGGGAGCUGACCAAGACCACAGUAGUGCGAGUAGAGAGGCAGCAGGUGCAGGCCAUCUCGACGUGUCUCAACAUCAAAAGGGAAUAAAGGCCGACGAGAGCAAAGAUGGACGAACAAGAGACUGCCGUGCAGAAGUAGAGGAUGAGCUGCGAGGUUUGGAAGAAGAUCUUGAGGAGCUGGCCGAAAUGUUCGAACAACUGAGCACCGAUGCGUCGGAGCGGUUUUGCGCAGCCGAUGCACAGCCGGCUCCAGUGAGACUGAAGAGCAGAGCUAACCAGGAUCAUAACCAAUCGGAGCAGUCGGCGGAUGCAGCUCGUCUUCGGUCUUCUACUCCUCCGGCUGGUGGUUCCUCCUGUGGUACUCUCGCCUGCGGUAUCACCGCGAAAAGGCUAGGAGGGUGUGCUUGCGAGGUGGACUUCGAGGGUGCCCGGCAGGAGGACGAUAUGAAGAUAGUACCUGACUCAGGAGAAACAAAAUCGCAGAAAAAUUGUCCGAAACGGGAUGAAAGAAGGACGGACGAGGAAGAUAAGGUUAAGGAUGCCUUAUUACGAGUUGACUGUGCAGCAGCCGGGGUCUUGCCUGCUACUGCUUCUAUCAUCGAGGACUUUGACCGACUAUUCUCUGAGCGAGUAAACAAUCUAAAGUCCGACCACCGGCUAUUGGCCAUCACUCUGAACAUGGAGAAGCGAUUCACGAAGUCGGGGUUGCUGAACCUCCUGAGUGGCGAGUCGGAAGUCCAGGCGUCUUUGCAAGGAAGAUUGCACGAAUCGUUCAGCCCGCCGUUUCCGAGCGACACUCGGGUGCAUGCGACAGCAGAGAUUGACGCCGUACUCAGUGCCAUCCGUUCGUGCCCCUUUCCAUCUGUAGGAGAUAGUUGUAAGACCACCUCCUCCGCAGCGCCGGAGGAAAGGCGAUUUGAAGCAAGAGGAUCACAGCCUAAGAACGUCGCUGGUGCAACAAGCUUUGUUAGCACGAAUCCGUUCGAUACCGAUGACGAUGCUAUGGCAGCUGCAGGUCGUAAUCCAGUGACAGCAGCUGCAGCUAGCGGCACAACUAGCAGGAGCAGGAGGACAAAUCCCUUCGCUAAAUCUGAUGAUGAAGGGGAGGAACCCGUAGUUGUAACAUCAGGCGGUCAACAAUAUCCGAAGAAGGAUCUAUUCUCCCAGGUCGUUUCUGCGUUAACCUGGGUGGUAUCAAAUGAAAAUACGUCUGGGUCUAGAAGAUUGCGAGAUUUGUCAUGCUGAUCUGGCAUGGCCCUUAAAUCUGUAUUGCAUGGCCAAAAACAGCCUCUCUCGCCUGUCAUGCAAAAACGCACUUUCUCAUGCGGAAUACGCAGCACAGAAGCACGAAGCAACUUGUCAUGCUUGGCGGCGCAUUGCAGUGCAUUUGUUAUUGAUUGAAUUGCAUCACAAGUUUCCAGUCCCACACAUUUUUGCAUUUCAUAUUCGGUGGCGUUAAGUAACGUCAUGUCGACGGUCACGGACGAAACGCUGCGGGCAAUCGACAUCGACGACUUGGUUUUGCUGGUGGAUUCCUUGACCUUUUUACUCGAAUACGGUGACUGCCUCGAGGAAAUGCAUGCGUAUUUGCACCUAAGGAGGAACGGAGUGAAGCCUUCAAAAACUUCUACGGGUGAGGACAACCAUCAAACGGAGAAAAUUGAAGACCAGCGGGGCUUUUCUACCCGCUCUCUUGGCGCAGGCGCGUCUGACGAGUGCCCUGGUGUUGGAGAAGAAGAGAAGGAAGUUGUCGUUUGUUUGGAAGAUGAGGAGCCUCCACAUAAUUCUACCGGGCGUGGUUCUGCUUCCGGUUCAACCCAUGCGGAGGGGCCUCCUUGCAGCAUCAAGCACAAUAUUCAAAACGCGGGCAUUAGCGCCUCAAGCGGUUCAUCCGAAGACCCACGACACAGUGCCACGAUGAGCUGCCAAACGGGGCUUUUAGCUCGUGAAAAAGCGGAAGUUCUGCCGCUGUUUGCGCAGGACGGGGCCGCGCACGAGAACGAGUACGAGAUGAAGAAGCCAACUACUAGCAGCAGCAGCUCUAGCAGUUUUUCGCACCAGCAUCCUGCUCCUGCUGCUGCGCAAGUUCCAUCAUUUUCGCGGCGAGAAGCAGCUGGCGCACUACAGAGCGCCAACGAAGCAGUCGCUGAAGAGAAUAAGGCGAUGACACGGGACCUACAUCUUCACAACCACCUGCAUGCCGCCAAUGAGAUUUCAAAGGUGCAGAUCAAACGGGUGCUGCUUUUCGCCAACGAGAGGCUGUCAAAUUCCAGCCAAAUGGUCAAGGCCGAGCUAGCGGCAUUGGAGACAAAAGAACAGCCGUUAGAUGCGAGCAGCGGGAGCGGCGGAACAGGUGGCUCUCUCUCCUCCAGUUCAGUGGAAGAAACCCGUUCUCGGGGUCGAAAAAGGCGGGAGAGAAUGAGAUCAAACCUCUUCUACCACGACACUGGCAUCGCUAUGGCGGCUUCCGAGGCGGACGCCAGAAUCUUCACACGGGAAAGUAGACAAGAACUACAAGAUCUCAACGAAGGUGUAGAUGAAGAGGCUCCCUUUCGCUUGCCCCCAGCGGUCAUCGACGUGACGCAGUUGGGCACGAGUAAUUACACCGAAUCCGAAACGAAUUCGCAUUUUUUCCCGUUGCGAGCAAACCGUAGUACAGCGCAGCCCGGGCGCCCGGAGCCGGAAGCGUGGGAAUUGCCGCCAGCAAAUGUGUGGCAGGAAGACGAUGGUGUCAUGAAUGUCAGUUCCAUGGAUUGGCGACCGGCACGACAAGGCGUCGAUUCCGGCUUUUCCACCCCGGGCUCGGGGACGUACCAACCGCAAAAUACGCCGUCGUCGCCCUAUUCUCCGGAAAUACGACAAUAUCUGUGCUGGCGGGCAGAACGACCCUCGGAUUUUGGCGAACCGUCUCCCGGCCUAGAAGUAGGCUCACCGUCUUCGCCGGUCUCGGAAGACGUUGGGGGCGCUAAUAUGUUGACGAGAGAUCGACGUCUUCAGAUGAAUCUCCCGAGGACCAACAACAGUCCUGCCGCUCAUGCAUUUCCAACGAACGAGGGAGAUGGCGACCGCGACAACUUUUCUCGCAGGAUUUCGUGGGACCGCAAUUCGGACUACGACUUUUUGGAUGGAGAAAACGACGAAGCUGCGGUGAGAGAACAGCACGACCGGCGAGAAGUAGAUCAUGAUAUUAAUGUGGUAGAUAAUGCACCACCAGCACCAGAGGUUCAGGUCUCCCCAGUCGUGGAGCCGGAAGAAGAGGACGAUGACAUUUGGUUCGAGGACCGACCGCUGCUCUCCCCCAGCAGGGGCUUGCGUACCUCCGCAGCUGCUCUAGCGCCGCGACAGGAAAGCACCAGGUCUUUCGCCUCAGUGUCGACCCGGGCGAGCACAGAAAACAUCCUAGACGACACGUUUCGCGAACAGCCGAGAGUGGGACGAACAACUGCUCCACAAACUUCUACAGGUCGUGGGUCCUCAAGAGGUUCAACAGCAGGUGGGCCAGCAGAAGAUUUGUUUCGUCGCAACAGCAACACUAGGGGGGGAACAGUGGCGUCGACAACAACAACCUGCACCUGCAUAGCUGCGUACCGGCACAUCCUGAGAAGCUUGUUCCAGGCAAUCGGCCUUCUUGGUAGGAGAGGCUCUUCUGCAACUUCCGGAGGAAGUAGGAAUGCACGCUUUGCAGAGCAAAGCAGGGACGGGGACGAUUCUGAAAGCGAUGUUGAACAAUCGCCGGGAGGAUCAGGAUCAGGACCUACAGCAGCAGGAGGACCGCCAACGCCCUUGAAACAGCAACGGAAGAGCAGCUUCUUCAGUUUAUUACGCGGAGGCGGCGACCACGCGGGAGAUCACGAGGAGGAUCUGUUCUUGCAAACCUCGAAGAGGACUACGAUCACCAAGCCUCUCCACCCAGCGUUUUGCGUUGCGCGCAACCCGAAAUGCAAGUUGCUGCUGCACAAGGAGUGUUUUGACAAGUACGUACAGACAACGAACCGCAGACGCUAUGUUUCCAUCCACAAGAAUGUCCCACCGUGCUUCUGCGCGAUCUUGCUUCUAGAGUGCAUGAUACCACCGCCGGCGAUCAACCAAGUGCAGUGCCCCGGCUGCUACCAGUGGGGCCCGUAUGAGCCGAGGCAGGGGGCGAAGUUUCCACGUAGUGACGAAAGUGCUGCUGGGGAUGCACAGCGAAGACCUACGAAGGGGCAAAGAAGUCGACCAGCACCGCUGCCUGAUUCGACCGGGAGUGGCUUGAGCAGCUGGCAAGAGUCUUUGCGACUGUAAGAAGGCUUAAUUUCACGGGUUUGCCGAUGGAAUAAACCCAGUACAUUAAUAUAUUUUGAUGUGGUUUUUGUUUCCAGACAUUCAACAGAUCAUUGUAUACUUGCAUCCGCUCCACAGAACAUCAGAACAGAUCACUGCUUCAUGUUUCUAUGUCACUCUAGAAUACCGUAGAAAAUACAUGCGUUCGCACUGUCAUAGUAAUUCACCUCAUUUGCACUGAAUUUUGACGCGUUUCGAAGACCAGCGCAGUAUUCGAUUGUGCGUUCUGGUAUUCAUCGUACAAACAGAAUUCCGAAAUGAGUCAUUACCUUUGAGAAUACAAGCUUAAGCUAGCCUGCAUUUUGACGGAUUUCCGGUGGUGAUAUUCUACUUCACCGCCAGAUAUAAAAGUAAAACGGCCCGCGAAAAGGAAGAAAAACAGGCCCUUUAAUCUUUUGAUGUGAAACGAUGCCGAUGAGUUGUAUUGCCUCGGCUCUUGUUUUUGGUUCUUCAAGUUUGCAAAGCACUUUUGUGAGUGGAGAUCUGGAAGAUCUGUUGAUUUUUCUAAACGAU